CUCGUCAUGUCCAACCACACAGGCGGGCAAGUAGAUGGUGCGAUCGGCUUGCUCGACAUCAUGCCCUUCUUCUUCGACUCGAGCGUCCGCGCUGGCUCAGACGCGUUCAAAGCCCUCGCCCUCAGCGCGAAGCUCGUCUUUGUCUGCAGACUCUACCUUUGGGGCCAUUCAAUACAGUGCGAUGUCGGCUUGCGCCAUCGUCUUGCGCUCGCGCUUGGCCAACUUUGA